GUCACUACACGGCGAACAUGCGUGAGAUAAUGCAAUGCGAGCGAAAUGAUGCGAGAAAAUACGGAUUCGGAAGCCUUUUACCAAAAGUACACUUUAUCAGAAGAAACCAUGGCGAAACUCGAAUCUAUCAGGGAAGCAUUGAAAGAUAACAUCGCUCAGGCUAAUCCGAUGUGGAAACUCAUAGCGGAGCAGGAACAGAAUGAAAAAGAAAUAUGUUCAGAGAGUGAAGAUAGCGACGAUAAGGAUGAACCAAUGGAUAAUAACGAAUCUCAAACGAACUGCGAUCAAUCAGUACCACCACCGUCUACUCAAUUUUACUUUACACAAACUGAGAGAACUAUAGAACUGAAGAGAUCUGUUGCUGCAGUGCCACAAAGAUGUGAUAUUUUAGAAUGUGCUUGCGAGAAUUUAGAACGAAAUAAUGGCAAACUAGACUUCUUCCAGUUAGAGAAUUUAUCUGAUGAAGAUCUUGUUCCAUUGGUGGACGAGAUGGCAAGAAAAUUAAGUCCUAAGGGUAUCUAUAAUCUGUGUCUGUCAAUGAAUGAUAUGACUGUUGAGCAGAGAAUAAAAUAUCUCAAUAUAUUUUGCACACAUUUGUUGCUACCAAAGAUAGUCGAACUAGAGGAGCCAUCUCGUUUAUUAUCAUCUGCGAUCGUUGAAUGCAUUAAAAUGUUUCCCGAUGAGGUUCAGCAACUUAUAUUUGUUCCUAUUCUCAACAUUGAGUUGAAAGAUAUAACAUUGAUCACCACCAUUGUGAAUGCGUUUGAUCAGCAAAGGAAAACAAUUCUUUUAGGAAAAUUUCUUGCAUGUGUGGAGGAAUUAAAGUUAUGGCAUAUAUCUGUGUUGCAAAGUUUGUUAUCUGUAAGACUGGACCACAACAUGAUUGAUAAAAUUAUCAAAUUAUUCUUGGAAAAAGCACUUUGUUAUUCCAAAGAUAAAAACUUCGGAAAACUUAUGCUGUCAUUUUUGAAAAUUAAUACAGCAUUAAUUGAAGAACAGAAAAAUGUAAUGGCUGAAAUCGCUGCUGUUAAUGAAACAUUAUUCAAAAAACCUAUAGAAAAUAUUUUAAGGAACAUGUAAUCGCUAAAUCACAUGUGUAAAAAUGCAUCUAUAAUUGUCUAUCUAAUUUA